CUCCAAAUGGCCAGAUAUGGCUGCCUUCACCACAGCCCCUUCACAGCCGAAGCAACUCUACUCAAUCCCUUUCUGUAAGUUCCUUUCCGCUCUCAAUUCUUUCAAAUUCCACUCUGCAUUUCAUCUCCUCACUUUCCCACCAUCCGAUCGAACGAACGGUCCAGAUCCCGACCAAGACGAUAUAAAAGAUAUUUAAUUUUGGUAUAUGUUGGCAUUACCUACGGCAGCUCCCGACCAAGACGAUAGCAUGUCGACUACUGUAAUGGCAGCUCAUCGACACCGCGCCCUUAAACGCGUGCCAUUAACCCCAACGACAAGCAAUAGGUUCUACAAGGAAAAGGAAAAUGUUCGCACGUAUCAAGAAUCAUUGCCCAAUUCAACGCUCCAGAUCGAUUUCGUCUAAGAAAUUCAAUGCUACUUAAGGCCAAAGCAGCUAAAACAGAUUGAAAAAACAAAAUUGUGCAUUGUCUUCUUUCAAGUGACGAGCAGCAGCAUGGACGGCAAUGGAGUUCCCGGCGACAAUUGGGAGACGGAGCCAGCCCCUCCGAAGAGUGUUCAAGAGAUGUCCGCAGCCGGUGUUGAACCGCCCAAGGAAUACAUUUGUAGAGACAACAAAUUUAGCCAAUUGGACACUUCCCCGCCUUUGGCCCCAAUUCCUGUGAUUGAUCUCAGUCUCUUCUCAUCUGGAGGGGAAGAAGAAGGUGAGUUGGAAAAGCUGAGGUCGGCUCUGAGCUCUUGGGGCUGCUUCCAGGCGGCGGGUCACGGCAUGCCCUCACAUUUUCUGGACGAGGUGCGGGAAGUCAUCCAAGAAUUCUUCAAGCUGCCAGGGGAAGAGAAGAGCAAGUACUCUCGGGCCGCCGGCGAGUCUGAAGGCUAUGGACAGGACAAAGUCGUCUCGAAGAAGCAGGUUCUCGACUGGUGUGACCGGUUAUCCCUCAGGAUCUAUCCGAAAGAUCAGAGGAAACCAAAGCUCUGGCCGGAAAAACCAGAAGAUUUUAGAGAGAAAAUUGUGGAAUUCGCAGCAGAUAUCAAGUCUGUAAUGGGUAUUAUAUUCAAAGCCAUGGCAAGGUCGCUGAAAUUGGAGGUGGAUAGCUUCUCAAAGCAGUUUGGGGAAAGAGCAAUCAUGCAAGGAAGGUUUAUCCUCUACCCACCAUGUCCAACACCGGACCAAGUAUUUGGGCUUAAAGCUCAUUCGGACAGAUCAGGGAUGACCGUUCUGUUGCAAGACAGGGAAGUUCAAGGCCUACAAGUUCUGAAAGAUGAUAAAUGGCUCACUGUCCCCAUAAUUCCUUAUGCCCUUUUCGUCAACCUUGGUGAUCAAAUGCAGAUAAUGAGUAAUGGAAUAUUCAAAAGCCCAAUGCACAGGGUGGUGACAAACCCUGAAAGGGGGAAGAUAACAGUUGCUAUUUUCAAUGAGCCAGAGCCAGAGCCAGAGCCAGAAAAUGAGAUUGGACCUGUUGAAAGUUUGGUGGAUGAGAAAAGGCCAAGAUUAUACAAAUCAGUCAAGAAUUAUGCUAAUUUUAAUUAUGAAUGCUUCCAGAAAGGCCUGGUUGCUCUUGAUGCGGCCAAAAUUUAAUCACUGAAAUACUGUAAGUUAUGGUUACUUGGGUGAAUGUCAAAAAUAAAAAAAUGCAAUUUUAUGAUGUUAUCUAUUCUCAACUAUAAGAACUACGCUUAUAUAUGUUAAAAAAAUAAAUUAGUUGAGUUUUGAAUUAGCCAAAUAGACUAUUGUAGAAUGUUACUGAUGAUCAUAAAUGGCAGUCUUGUGGUAUUCGCUUUGUACUUUCAAUUGACAAAGACAGUUAUGAAGAGAGGUCAAUGGACAUUUUGACGAACUUAAAAAUGAUUCA